AUGUUCAUAUCGUUUAUUAGUAGUGACGUGGGAUUUUAUCGUAAUUCUACUGAAUGUCGACCUUGUAUGUAUGAUAAGGCGGAGAAGGAGCUCUUGGAUAUGGUCGGGCUCCUCAUAAAAGAACAUCCCGAACUCAUCCCAACAGCAAAAGAACUUCUGGAGGCCCUUCCAUGUGAUGAAAACAAGCAUGCUGAAAAAGCCAUCGAGCUUUUGAAAAACGAACACGUUGGCCUACGUUUCGCGAGAAUUUUUGCUGAGGGUUGCGAUCUUGUCGGGGCUAUGAUGUGCCGGGCUGUAUACGAGCUGGCGCAGGCAGAUGAUGUGCUGGACGGCACAACGCUUGCUAAGAGGGUGGCUUUUAUUAGACGAGAUCCCUUGUUGCAUGAAUUUCUCUCGGGCAAAGAGGAUUUGGAUAUAAUGACGGGAGCCUUUUCCAUUUUAGUCGGGUACUGGAUUGAUCGAAGACUGGCAAGAUGGCUUUAUGGACAGGCUAGAAACUUCAGUACUCCCCCCAAAAUCGCCGAGAUACACAAAUCCGCCGCCGUUUUAGGGCUACAAACAAACAAGAUGUCUCAGAUGGAGUUGGCUUGGCUGUGGCAUUUGUCAACAAGUACUAUCUCAAUUCUAUAA